AUGAAUCGGAAAGGGCUCAGCUGCGAAUUCAGUGUUAAAACCUAUGAUAAUGUUGCAACCUGCUGGAAAAAAUGUGGAGGCUUGGAAUACAGAAAGAGCUUUAGCAGGAUUCGUGCACAAAAAGAACAUGAAAGGAUACAAUCAGGGGAGAAGCCCUAUACAUGCUUAGUGUGUGGAAAGUGCUUCUCUCAUAAUUGCAACCUAACUACACAUCAAAGGGUUCACACAGGGGAGAAGCCAUAUAAAUGCUUGGCGUGUGGAAAGUGCUUCUCUCAAAAUGUCCACCUAAGAAUACAUCAAAGGGUUCACACAGGGGAGAAGCCAUAUAAAUGCUUGGCGUGUGGAAAGUGCUUCUCUCAAAAUGUCCACCUAAGAAUACAUCAAAGGAUUCAUACAGGGGAGAAGCCAUAUAAAUGCCUGGACUGUGGAAAGUGCUUCUCUUGGAAUGUCUCCUUAACUACCCAUAAAAAAAUCCAUACAGGGGAGAAGCCAUAUAAAUGCUUGGAGUGUGGAAAGUGCUUCUAUAGGAAUAGCCAUCUAACUUCACAUGAAAGGAUUCAUACAGGGGAGAAGCCAUAUCAAUGUUUGCAGUGUGGUAAGUCCUUCUCUAAUAAUAGCAACCUAACCUCACAUGAAGGGAUUCAUACAGGGGAGAAGCCAUAUAAAUGCCUGGACUGUGGAAAGUGCUUCUCUCGGAAUGUCUCCUUAACUACCCAUAAAAAAAUCCAUACACUGGAGAAGCCAUAUAAAUGCUUGGAGUGUGGAAAGUGCUUCUAUAGGAAUAGCCAUCUAACUUCACAUGAAAGGAUUCAUACAGGGGAGAAGCCAUAUAAAUGCCUGGACUGUGGAAAGUGCUUCUCUUGGAAUGACUCCUUAACUACCCAUAAAAAAAUCCAUACAGGGGAGAAGCCAUAUAAAUGCUUGGAGUGUGGAAAGUGCUUCUAUAGGAAUAGCCAUCUAACUUCACAUGAAAGGAUUCAUACAGGGGAGAAGCCAUAUCAAUGUUUGCAGUGUGGUAAGUCCUUCUCUAAUAAUAGCAACCUAACCUCACAUGAAAGGAUUCAUACAGGGGAGAAGCCAUAUAAAUGCCUGGAGUGUGGAAAGUGCUUCUCUAAUAAUAGCAACCUAACUGCGCAUCAAAGGAUUCAUACAGGGGGGAAGCCAUAUAAAUGCCUGGAGUGUGGAAAGUGCUUCUCUAAUAAUAGCAACCUAACUUCGCAUCAAAGGGUUCACACAGGGAAAAAGCCAUAUAAAUGCUUGGAGUGUGGGAAAUGCUUCUCUCAGAAUGGUGACCUAAGUAGACAUAGAAGGAUUCAUAUAGGGGAGAAGCCAUAUAAAUGCUUGGAAUGUGGAAAGUACUUCUCUCGCAAUGCCUGCCUAAGAAUACAUCAAAGGGCCUGCUCCACUGCUGGGGCCUAUGUCGCUGUCAUAGAGGCCUGCCCCACAUGUCACGCGUUCCACAGCAACAUCUUCUCUGGCCAUGCUCCUAAAGUCUCCUACAACACUGCCCCUGAAAAGUGA